CCGAGGGGCGGGCCCUCGGAGGAGGUAACGCUGAGGGAAGAGGCGGCGGCCGCACAGCACUCGGGGAGACGGAGGAGGAUAAGGAAGGGGAGAGGAGGAAGAAGGAGAGGAAGGAGCGGUGGCUCUCGGCGGAUCCUGGUGACUCCCGGUUGCACUGUCUUCUCUAGGCUUGGAGCAGAGUGCCUUUUUCAUAAAUUAAGCUGGCUGAAAUACUCUCAUGGAUCAGACGGGAAUCUCCAAUUCAUUGCUUGCUGAGUUUCCUGUCUGGUGAAAGUCAUGUCAUCCAUAUUGCCAUUCACUCCACCAGUUGUGAAGAGACUUCUGGGGUGGAAAAAAUCUGCUGGUGGCACUGCAGGGGCUGGUGGUAGUGAGCAGAAUGGUCAGGAGGAAAAGUGGUGUGAGAAAGCAGUGAAAAGCUUAGUCAAGAAGCUAAAGAAAACAGGACAGCUGGAUGAACUUGAGAAGGCAAUUACCACUCAGAAUUGCAAUACAAAAUGUGUGACAAUACCAAGCACUUGCUCUGAAAUUUGGGGACUGAGUACACCAAACACGAUAGAUCAGUGGGAUACAACAGGCCUUUACAGCUUCUCUGAACAAACCAGAUCUCUCGAUGGCCGUCUGCAGGUGUCUCACCGCAAGGGAUUGCCACAUGUCAUUUACUGCCGCCUCUGGCGCUGGCCAGACCUUCACAGCCACCAUGAACUUAAGGCAAUUGAAAACUGUGAAUAUGCUUUUAAUCUUAAAAAGGAUGAAGUAUGUGUAAACCCUUACCACUACCAGAGAGUGGAGACACCAGUCUUGCCUCCCGUGCUCGUGCCGCGGCACACUGAGAUCCUAACGGAGCUGCCACCUCUGGAUGACUAUACCCAUUCCAUUCCUGAGAACACUAACUUUCCAGCUGGGAUUGAACCACAGAGCAAUUACAUACCAGAAACACCUCCUCCAGGAUAUAUCAGUGAAGAUGGAGAAACAAGUGACCAGCAGCUGAACCAAAGCAUGGAUACAGGGACACCUUCCACUACCCCAGGUUGCUCCCCGCACUGUCCAGCCUGGCCUUGGACACUUCCAGGAUCUCCAGCAGAGCUGUCUCCUAGUACUCUCUCUCCAGUUAAUCAUAGCCUGGACUUGCAACCAGUUACUUACUCGGAGCCUGCGUUUUGGUGUUCAAUAGCAUAUUAUGAAUUGAAUCAAAGAGUGGGAGAAACCUUCCAUGCGUCUCAGCCUUCCCUGACUGUAGAUGGCUUUACAGAUCCAUCAAAUUCAGAGCGAUUUUGUCUAGGUCUGCUUUCCAAUGUAAACAGAAAUGCUACAGUGGAAAUGACAAGGCGACAUAUAGGCAGGGGAGUGCGUCUGUAUUACAUUGGUGGAGAAGUUUUUGCCGAGUGCCUGAGUGAUAGCGCGAUCUUUGUUCAGAGCCCCAACUGUAAUCAAAGAUAUGGCUGGCAUCCUGCAACUGUGUGCAAAAUUCCGCCAGGAUGCAAUCUAAAAAUCUUUAAUAACCAAGAAUUUGCUGCUCUUCUGGCUCAAUCUGUGAAUCAGGGCUUUGAAGCAGUUUAUCAGCUUACUAGAAUGUGUACCAUAAGAAUGAGCUUUGUUAAAGGAUGGGGGGCUGAAUACAGGCGGCAGACGGUAACAAGCACUCCUUGCUGGAUUGAGCUUCACCUGAACGGGCCUCUACAGUGGCUGGACAAAGUAUUGACUCAGAUGGGCUCCCCUUCAGUUCGCUGCUCCAGCAUGUCCUAAAACUCUCCUCUGUCACCAGUGGGCUAAAAAUAGAGUCCAGUCAACAGACUUAAUAUAACAGCUCGUCUGUCGUAGUAUUUGUGUGUGGUCCCCAUGAACUGUUUACUAUCUAAAAAGGUUUUUUAAAAAUAAAAAAAAAAAAAAAAAAAGGAAAAGAAAAAAAAAAGAAAAGAAAAAACAGCACUUGAGGUCUCAUCAGUUAAAGCACCUUGUGGAUUCUGUUUCCUAUACUCUGAUACUAGAUGAAAAUUUAGUGUAUAGAAAAGCCUUCUUCAGAAAGAAGGGACAGUUCUAAAGACUCUUUAAUGGUGUUUUUUAUUGGGUAUAUAAUUGAGUGUCCUAAUGGUUAUCAAUAACAUGAAUAGCUAAGUAUAUAUACAGAUAAUGUAUCACGAUCUCAAAUAUCACAGUAUUGUGCUGUUCUACAUUUUAGUUCCCAUAAACAGCCAUUUUGGUUUUUGAUUGGGGCAGGUAUCUCUUAAAAUUCCAAGACUUUGCUCCCUUAUUCUUUUAUAUUUUUUUAAUAUAAGCAGGUUUUCAAGUUGUCCUAAACAUAAAAAGACUUUCCUUAUAGAAAAGCUGAAUUUUUUGCUGCGUUCUUAAAGAGAAAAUCCCUCCAUUGGAAGGGGAAGAAAUGUUUUGAGAUUCAUCUGUGAAGUCUUAAGACACUUUAUAUACUUAAUGGGGCCUAAAAUGAAUUCAUAUUACAAAUUCUGAGUGUCCAUCACACUAGCAGUCUGCUUUUUGAUACCCAUCUGAGUUGAUGCAUCUGUUGCCAGCAGCGUUACUGGCAGUGAUGUAAUUUGGGACUUUUUUUGUACCUUGGAUCAUUGAAAUGAGUGGUUUUUCUCAUGGACUGAGAAUUUACCAUGGCUUUGGAUUUUUGAUUAAGUGCACAAGGUUAUUGGCUUACCCCUUACAUCUGUAUUUUUUUUCAUUGAAUAAGUCUUACCCCUUAUCAUCUGUAUUUUUUUCAUUUUUUCAUGUGUCACUAAAAAUAAUGGGGUUUAGUUUUUGGAGCCGUAGACCUUGAAAAAUCAUUUCCCGGGGUAAGCUAGACUCUUUUUGUUUAGGUUUUAAAUAGAUGCAGCUUCUUAACAUAUUUCAGUAACAGAAUUUAAAUUUCUUAUCUGAGUCGCUUUUAUAGUUUACUUACACACCAGAUCAUACGCAUUCAUUAUGUCAUAAUGGGCCUUGUUAUUAAAAGUAGUUGCUUCUGCAAAACCUCUAGAAUAGUGGUUGCUGAGGUAUGACCAGCGAAGGAGGACUUCCAGGUUCUUCAUGACAGUGCAUGUUAUUGUGAACCCUUGGACACUACAGCUGCACCAUAUUAAAAAUAUUCUGAAAUAUAUUCUACAAAUAAGUCUGGGUUGGGGCUGGGUUGGGAAACUGUAUAGAAGGGUUAUUCUGACUUGAAAAAUACACAUCUUACUAACAAUCUUGUGAUCUAGCUGUCUGUCAUUCUUUUGUUAUUGUGGCAGUAGCAGGAUUGCCUUUGUCUGUUUUUUUCCAUUGUUUCAUCAAUUACACUAGUUCUGUACUUUGUAAGUACAGCUAGUGAUAACUUAGCUUCGAGAACAAAAAUGUGGCCAGUGUUACAGCUUUUAAUCACUUGACUGAAUUGAUGGUAGUGAUGGAUAUUUUUAUGCCAUAAUGACUAGGGCAUAGAAGCAAUACCAAAAAAUCAAGCCUUGAGAAAAUGGGCCAGACACCUUUCAAAAAUUGGCAAAGCAGUUACCAGUUUGUGCUAGUUUUACCAGUAGACUAAUGUAUUGGUAGAACUUGUGAGUUUAAGAGAUAAGCUUCAUGCGUGUUGCAUUUGCCUAAUAUGUGAAUACACUAAUAAAAGUUUUAAUUCUCACAA